AUGGAGAAUGUGUAUAGACUACAGGAGGCUCAACACUGCUACAAGGAAGGAUCAUUUCCCCUACCUUUCAAUGAUCAAAUGCUUGAGAGAAUUGAGCCUGAAGCAGGAGUACAACCACCCACAGAUGUGACUGAGACAGUUCCGGACGAGCAGUUGUUUCUCAUUCAGCAGGCUCCAUGGUUUGCAGACAUUACAAAUUAUAAAGCCAUGAAUUUCAUUCCAAAGGAGUACAACAGGCAACAAGUAAAGAAGCUAUUAACGGAUGCAAAGUACUACAUUUGGGAGGAACCAUAUCUUUUUAAGAGGUGUUCAGAUGGUAUCAUCCGGAGAUGUGUCCCAGAUGAAGAAACACAGCAGAUUCUCUGGCACUGUCAUGGUUCAGAUUAUGAAGGCCACUUUGGUGGUGAAAGGACAGCUACAAAGGUCCUUCAGAGCAGAUUCUACUGGCUGACUCUCUUUAGGGACACAAGAGCAUUUGUAAAGUACUGUGACAGAUGUGAAAAAGCCACGAAUCUUCCUACCAACCAUGAAAUGCCACAGCAAGGGAUUCUUGAGAGAUAUGGAGUCCAUCAUAAAGUGGAAACUCCCUAUCACCCUCAGACAAGUGGACAGGUUGAAGUUUCCAACAGGGAACUUAAGAGGAUUCUAGAGAAGACCGUCAGUGUUUCAAGAAAGGACUGGUCUAAGAAGCUUGAUGAUGCUCUCUGGGCAUACCGGACAGCGUACAAGACUCCCAUUGGCAUGUCUCCUUAUCAGUUGGUCUACAGUAAAGCCUAUCACUUGCCAGUUGAGCUGGAGCAUAAAGCUUACUGGGCAAUCAGGUAUCUAAACCUUGAUUCAGAAGCUGCAGGAAUUAAGCGAAUACUCCAGUUAAAUGAGCUUGAUGAAUUCAGAUACUCAGCCUAUGAGAAUGCCAAGCUCUAUAAAGGGAGAACCAAGUUAUUACAUGACAAGAAGAUUGCCAUCAGAGUCUUUGAGCCAGGACAGUGA